GCCUUCUGGAGCGUCUAUAAAUUUGCAAGGAGGGUCUGCAAAUCUGCAAGGAGAGCAAUUAGUGAAAUUAGAGCGAUUAUAGGAUAAUCUGGAAAGAUGAGUUUUGAGGAGGUGAAUGUGAAUCCACAAGAAGUGAGAUUCAGUCAAGACUCCAUUUCAAGGAAAUUUACCCAGGACUAUAGCUGUUCCAUAAAUGAAAAUGGCAGGUUUAGCAUCAUCUCUAAACCAUCAUCUGUGAGAGUGGUUUGCCAGCAAAUGGAAAUGGGGCUGAUUAAGCCUUCUGAUUUUCCAGCAAUUGAAGUAUACAAAGAUGAGAAUGGCAUAACCUGGUCCAACGACAACAGGAGAUUGUGGGUGUUUAGAAAAGCUGGGGUUACAAGCGUACCAGCCAAGCUCUCUUCAACACCUCUAUUCAGAGCUCCUCCUCCACCAGAGAAACGUGAGGGAAUGGCUCGUGCAGACUAUUUUCCUCUAGUUCGUGGUGGCUAGUAAUCUUUCUUUUCACUUCCUCUGUAUUCUACAUAAAUAUGCUUAACUUUUGGCUGGUACAGCAUAAGUUGGGAAGGGUAGGUUUUUCUUGGGUUGUAUAGGAAUGGUGGCGACUGUGUGUGUUUAGGUUUGCUUUAUAUCUUGCAGUGUUUAUGCUAUCUUCUAUUGUCACUGGCUUUUUCACACUCAUCUGUAGAUUUGGAUAAUAUGUAUAUAAGCAUAAGCUUUAUGCUAUCUUUUGUCAGUCCUUUCGAGGGCUUUGCUUAUAAUCUAAGUUUUAUAGUUUAAUUUGGAGUC